GCGCUAUGGAAAAAAAAAGUUUGGAAGCUCUCGAUGUCGCGAAGCGCACCGCGGGCCCAAACAAGAUCGAGAUUUCCGAGCGCAAUUGCCACUCAUUUGUCGCCCGGCAUGGCUGGCUCACACAAGACCAAGGCCCAGAAGAAGGGCCCGUCUACAAGACCCUCGCUGGACGAGAAUGCGCUGUCCCAGCUCACAUCCAAGAUUGACAAAGCUCUGUCAAAAUCCGAGGAUAAGUCGCGGCCAGGAAAGCGCAAGAGGCAGGACGACGACGAGAAGCGCGCGAAGCCGCCCAAGCGACAGCCGGCCCCCGAUAGCGGAAAGAAAGGCGCCGACGAGAGCAAGGAUGCAAAGGACAAAAAUGCCCUUCUAUUGCAAGAUAUCAAGGCCCUCGGUGGCGACGAGGAGGACCUGGACCUCGUCGUUGGCAUAGACUCGGACGCCGAGGAGGGGGCUGCAAAGCCAGUCGAGCGGGAGUUGGAUGACGCAUUCAAGAGAGAACUGGCAAAAUUUGCCUCGGGUCUGGGUUUUGAGAAUGUGCGGGACGAUAUGGAGGACGAGAGUGGCGAAGAGGACGAGGCUGGGGACGGCCCGCAAGAUGAAUCAGACUCGGAGCCAGAAGAGGAGUCUGCGGAUGAGGACGAGGCUGAUCAGCCUGUGCCUACACUCACACCAAAAGCCCCGGUCCCGGCCCCGGCCCCGGCCCCGACCAAGGCUCCGCCAACCGCGGCCAAAGAGCCGAGCGCGCCGGCAGAGAAGUCCAAGGACCGCCAAUGGGCCGGGAAGUUGAUAAUCGAGCCCCGUCCAGACUGGCACGCCGCGACUCGAGAGGACCUCCCCGCUCCUUCAACCGAUGAGGUCGCCAAGUUCGGCUCCGCCAUCGCCAGCCUCAAGGCCCAUGCCCAGUCACUUCUCGACCAGGAUACGGCAGCUUACAGCUCCGCGACGUCCUCCUCCUCGUCACACAAGUUCAUGACGACCAUCAUGACGUCCGGAACAUUGUCCGACAAGAUCUCGGCACUAACCCUGGCUGUGCAAGAGUCGCCUGUGCACAACAUCAAGGCACUCGACAAUCUUCUCACUAUGGCCGGCAAGAAGAGCCGGAGCCAGGCUAUUUCGGCCCUUGGUGCGCUCGUCGAUCUUCUGGGCAACGGCGUGGUCCUCCCGAGCGACAGACGCCUGCGCACCUUCAACAGCCAACCCGGCCUGCUAGGCGCUCUUCAGCAGACCUCGGCUACUUCGUGGAAGGAGGGCCAGGCCCUUCCUAGAGGGCUAACUAAGGCGCAUCUGGUCAUGUGGGUCUACGAGGACUGGCUAAAGUCUGCAUUCUUCAAGCUUCUUCAACUGCUUGAGGUCUGGUCGGGCGACGAGAUCGACUACUCGCGCUCAAGAACCCUCGACUUCAUAUUUGGGCUUCUCAGGGAUAAGCCAGAACAGGAGGCCAACCUGAUGCGACUGCUAGUCAGCAAGCUCAGCGAUCGUGAAGGCAAGAUUGCCUCGAGAGCCUCGUACCUACUGCAGCAGCUUGUCAACACACAUCCGGGCAUGAAAUCUAUUGUCAUUCGGUCCGUCGAGCAUGAGGUCUUACUUCGACCGGGCCAGAGCCUGCGGGCCAAAUACCACGCCAUCAACACGUUGAACCAGACCAUCCUCAGCACCAAGGAGCCUGAAAUCGCGGACAAUCUUGUCCGGAUUUACUUUGAGAUAUUUCUAUCUCUCCUCAGGUCUGGCAGCCUUGGCAUCUUCGACCACCUGAAUGAAAACGCAGGGGAAGACAGCAAACCGUCGCAGAAGAAGCCACGCGGGAAGAAGGAUAGGAGGCCCGGCGAGCAGGGCGCAACUAACGAGCAAGAGCAAGAGGUCGCCCAGAAGCUGGUGUCGUCUGUUCUCACCGGUGUCAACCGGGCGAUACCGUUUGCGAUGACCAACGAAUCGACUCUGGAGGCACAACUCGACACCCUGUUCCGCAUCACGCAUUCGUCGAAUUUCAACACCAGUGUCCAGGCGCUCAUUCUGAUCCAGCAAAUUGCGGCGUCCAAACAUUUAGCUAUCGACCGGUUCUACAGGACACUCUACGAGUCGCUGCUAGACCCACGUCUCAUGACCUCUUCAAAGCAAACUCUUUAUCUGAACUUGCUCUACAAAGCACUCAAGGACGAUGUCGAUGUGCGCAGGGUCAAGGCGUUCGUGAAACGGAUGCUGCAAGUGGUGAACCUGCACCAGCCAUCCUUCAUCUGCGGGAUUCUGUAUCUUAUUGCCGAGCUUGAGGGGACCUUCCCAGACGUCAAGACGUUGCUCACCGAUCCUGAAGACAACGAGGAUGAUGGCGAAGAGGUAUACAGAGAUGCCGAUGCCAUGGAUCAAGACAAGCCGGCGGCCAAGGCGGAUGCCACAAAAAGCACAACAUAUGAUCCAAGGAAACGAAACCCCGAGUUCAGCAACGCACAUCGCAGCUGCCUAUGGGAACUGGUUCCAUACUUCAGCCACUAUCACCCCUCGGUUGUGGUGUUUGCCAACAAUCUACUCGUCAGACAAAAGUCGCUUCCCAAACCUGAGCUGGCGAAUCACACCUUGAUACAGUUCCUGGACAAGUUCGUGUACCGCAACGCCAAGGCGACAGAGACAAAACGGGGCGGGUCCAUCAUGCAGCCAGUCAUGGCUUCUGGAGCAGCAGCUAGCGCGGUCAGCUCGGGCAAGGGCGCGACGAAGACGCCCUCAACGCUCAACACUGAGGCGUUCUGGAAGCUCAAGCCUCAGGACGUCGCUCCGGAAGACGUGUUCUUCCACGAGUACUUCACGCAGGUCGGCAAGUCGGGUCAAAAGUCGAGAGCGGCCAAGCGCGAGCAACAGAGGGCCGAAGAGGAGGCAGACGACGAUGAGGCAGGGGAGAAUGAGGCGGAAGACGAGAUCUGGCAGGCUCUGGUGGACUCUCGUCCCGACAUCCAAGGCGACGACGACGGAGACGCUGACAUGGGCUUCAGCGACGGUGAUUCUGAUCUGGCUUCGCUGCUAAACAUGAGCGACAGCGGAGAUGAUGAUAACGGUAGUGACGAUGAGGGCGGCGCGGGGCUCAAGUUCUUGGACGAAGGGGCUGACGGAGGCGUCGAAUUCAACGACUUCAGCGACUCGGAAGAGGAGGCAAACAAGGAAGAGUCCGCUGAAGACGACGAUGUGGCUCUCGACCCAGUUGCUCAAGCCAAGCGGGAGCGCAAUAAGAAGAGCAGGAUGCGCAAGAAGGAGCUCAAGGCGAUGCCAACGUUUGCCUCGGCUGAAGAUUAUGCGGCUAUGCUGGCUCAAGAGGAGGAUGAUGUCUAAAUUCUAUGUUGCGAGCCAAACAUACAGUAAGAUAACGAGUUGCAUAUACCAGACACACGUUUGGCUUGAUAAACCGACUUCGAUGCUGAACUGUACAGAGCAUGCCCCUGAACACCUUGCUUGGGUGGUAUCUAGCGCGUUUCGGAUGGUCCAUUGCUUGGCCCAGUUCCAGAGCAGCACAACUAAUGAUGUCACCCACCCACGUCAGCCCAGUCCCCUUUAUUGCCAGCCUCUCAAGGGCC